AUGCCCAAGGAAAAAUAUGAUCCGCCUGAUCCCAGGCGGAUGUACACAAUAAUGUCGAGUGAGGAGGCUGCCAGCGGAAAGAAGUCCUACUGGGCUGAGCUGGAGAUCAGUGGCAAAGUGAGGAGUCUGAGCACGGCGCUGUGGUCUCUCACCCACUUGACCGCUCUACACAUCAGCGACAACUCCCUCUCGCGCAUUCCGCCCGACAUUGCCAAACUACACAAUCUGGUGUACCUGGACCUCUCAUCCAAUAAGAUCAGGAGCCUGCCUGCCGAGCUAGGCAACAUGGUAUCUCUCAGGGAACUGCUUUUAAAUAACAACCAGUUGCGGGUUCUGCCUUUUGAGCUUGGAAAGCUGUUUCAGUUACAAACACUGGGUUUGAAAGGAAACCCACUUGCACAAGACAUCAUGAACCUCUACCAGGAACCCGAUGGCACACGCCGCCUCCUGAGCUACCUGCUGGACAAUCUCGCAGGCACCAAGCGCGUCUCCACAGAACAGCCCCCUCCUCGCUCCUGGAUACCUCUUCAGGAGCCUGACAGAACACGACCAUUAGCCCUGUUCUCCGUCAUGUGCUACAACGUGCUGUGCGAUAAGUACGCCACGCGGCAGCUCUACGGUUACUGCCCGUCCUGGGCCCUCAACUGGGACUACAGGAAAAAGUCCAUCAUGCAGGAGAUCCUCAACUGCAGUGCGGACAUCAUCAGCCUCCAGGAGGUAGAGACAGAGCAGUACUACAACUUCUUCCUGGUGGAGCUGAAGGAGCAUGGCUAUGAUGGCUUCUUCAGCCCCAAAUCCCGUGCCAGGACCAUGUCCGAGUCGGACCGCAAGCACGUCGACGGCUGCGCCAUCUUCUACAAGACUGAGAAGUUCAGCCUGGUGCAGAAACACACGGUGGAAUUUAACCAGCUGGCCAUGGCAAAUUCGGAGGGCUCGGAGGUCAUGUUGAACAGGGUGAUGACCAAGGACAACAUCGGGGUUGCUGUGCUCCUGGAGCUCCGCAAAGAUAUGAUGGAACAAUCUGCAGGGAAGCCCUUGCACGGCAUGGAGAAGCAGCUCCUCCUGGUGGCCAACGCUCACAUGCACUGGGACCCGGAGUACUCGGACGUGAAGCUCGUCCAGACCAUGAUGUUCCUGUCCGAGGUGAAGAACAUUGUGGAUAAGGCCACGCGUAGCCUCAAGCUUUCCUCCCUGUCCGGGGAGACCAACGCCAUCCCGCUCGUCCUGUGUGCUGACCUCAACUCGCUGCCUGACUCAGGUGUGGUGGAGUACCUGAGUACAGGCGGUGUGGACAGCACCCAUAAAGACUUUAAGGAAUUGCGCUAUAUCGACUGCCUGACCAACUUCAACUGCAACGGCAAGAACGGCACAUCCAGCACCAGGAUCACGCACGGCUUCAAGCUGAAGAGUGCCUACGACAAUGGCCUAAUGCCUCACACCAACUACACCUUCGACUUCAAGGGCGUGAUCGACUACAUUUUCUACUCUCAGCCCCUGCUGAACGUCCUAGGGGUGCUGGGCCCACUGGAUCCCCACUGGCUCCUCGAGAACAAUGUCAGCGGCUGCCCCCACCCCCACAUCCCCUCUGACCACUUCUCCCUGUUUGCACAACUCGAGCUGCUCCUGCCCUACCCGCCCACAGUCAAUGGCAUCCACGUGCCCAGCCGCAGGUAGUUCUCCGAGCCAGCAGGGGGAGCUCCUGCCCCCGCUCCCCGCUCCAGCGGGAAACGAGCGGGAAACGAGCGAAGCGCAAAAGCCGAUUGUGUAUAAAUUUGAGUCCGGUAGGAGGAGGAGCUUGGGUAUGGCUCCACUUUUAUUCCUAAUGGAUUUUAACUGAAGCAGACACUUAUGUCAGUCUUAUCACCUUCCCCUCUAUUCUUGGUUUCUUUUUUUUUCUUCUUUUUUUUUUUUUUAAACAAAACUUUGAGGUGGUUUUUUUUUUUUUUUUUUUUUUUCUGGGCGCAAAUUGUAUCAGACUGUAUCCCAACUUCAGACUCCUGAGUAUUCCUUGUAAAUUUUACCUGAAGUCAGUGGUCGACGCUUUUAUAUAAAAUAUGGCAAUACCUUUUUCAGACACAUGCAGGGAGUCCACACCAACCAAGUUGAACAGAUUUCUAUUUUGGGCCAUGCCACUUUUGUUUUGGGGGGGGGUUUUCUUGUGUUUUUUCCUCUGAGGCCAGUUCAGAGCGAGCAGCUAAGUUUGACAGGAACCAAUAAAUCCUACCAGCUUUCCAAGCGGCGGCUUAGCUCGGCCAACCUCCCGUGAGGCUCGUCUUAAACGCGCGCGGGGAGAGGGGGAACAGCGGCCGCUCGCACGCACGCACUCGUGCACGCACUUGCGCUGGAUCAUGGUGCUGAGGCGCUUCCUGGUGCGGCCCCGCCCUCCUGCCCCGCCCCCUCGGCUGCACGCCUCCUCUGCCAAUGCCGAGGCUUUGGGCUUUACAGCACUCUGUCUUCUCUAGCCAGAUCUCAACUGCACCAGGGAGUUUGAGUAGAAAUUCCCUGCAUUUUUGUUUUUGUUUGUUUGUUUGUCGUCUUAAUGUGAAGUCCAAUUUAGAAGCCCAAGGCCUCUGUGCUACCACGGACGCCCCUGUCCCUGAUGUGUACCCCGCAAACUGGGGGCGUGGCAGGAAGGUGAAGUGGCUGGGUGGGUCUAGUGUGUUCUGGCAACGCACACUGACGGGAGCGCUGACCCUGGAGGCUCCAGCAGGGCGGAGCGUGACAGUAAGGCCACUGGGAUAAGUGGCCCUUGCUCAGUGUCUGCCCAUUAAGCUAGCUGCCCUCACUCUGGCCAGGACUUGCCUUGCCUGGCCAAGCAGACCAUACAAGGUUUCACGCCCACUUGUUUGGGGUGUGUAUAUAUAUAUUUUUUUGUUUGUUUGAUUUUUGUUGUCUUGUUUAACUCCAUGAGAUCAUACACAAACUGAACAGAAGUCCUGGCUUUUUCUCUGUGUGUGUGUGUGUGUGUGUGUGAGUGAGAGUGUGUGUACAUAACGCAAAUUCUGAUUUGGAUGAAAAAUUAUUGUAUUGUAAAUGAAAUCAAAAUUUCUAUCCAUAUAAGAUGUAUUGAAUCUAGUGAACAUGCAAAAUGACCAGCAUGUAUACAGUUAUCAGGUUGUUGCUGUGUAAAUUUGCACUUCUCCAGGGUUUUUUGUUUUUGUUUUUCUCAAUUUCCCACCCUUCAGUGUAGUGCUUUAGUGUCCUCUUAACCAAAAGCUUUGCUGCACAGAAUCUGCUGUCCGGUUACGGCCCACUGCUCCUCUCUCCCACCAUGCUGCCAGGGCACUCCUGGACACUCGGACCUUUCCUGCUCCUGUUUCCUCUGGUGCUUUUUUUGUUUGUUUGUUUGUUUUUGUUUGUUUAUUUUCAUUGUGUCAGUAAACCUGCUGUUGUCCUUUAGCUGCUUUGCUGAUUGGCUGUGUCCUUUUUUUUAUUUUUUUUUCUCCUUUUCUUUUUUUUUUUUUCUUUUAAUACAUUUUUCUGCAUGAAACAUCAUGCAAUGGCAGCAGACUAGUUCUCCAGCUCGGUUUCCUGCCACUUCUUCCCUCUGAACUCAGGCAAGUCUCUUUCUUUCUUUCUUUCUUUCUUUUUUUUGGGGGGGGGGUGGGUGUCCGUUGGGUUCUUGAACUUCUCUCACUACUGCUAGACCACAGCAGUGUCUUUUCAUGUUGUGCCAUCUGACACGUUCUGCUACAAGGCCAAGUUUAAAGCUCCCAGUCCGUCUACUACUGUCAAACCUCUGCCCGGCGAACACGAGCACGGCAGCAGCGCUGUCUGUGAUGCCGCCCCUCUUGGCUACAGCGGCGUGAAUGUAGCGUGGGCCGGCCUUGGUGGAACCCAUUACCUAUAGUGGCGCUGUAAGCAGUCGGCCAAUUUUUCCCCUGCCCUCCGUUGUCCUCAUUUCAUUAUCUUUUUAAACAAUAUUGAAUGGAUCGACAAGCACUUAUUGUAGAUCACUAGUGCAGCUAUUGCCCCCUCUUCUUUUGUUUUAAAGAAAAGAUACUUUUGCCAUGAGGCAGAGAGAGAUUUUAAUGACUUUUACCAAGCAGUGCGAAAGCAUUCUGGGACGGCCCCGCCCGUCCUUCUGCUGGGGGCCCUUUUUAGCUCACCUUUCUCCGUGUUUCUCAGUCUCACUUUCCUCCCUUGUUGGGUUGUUUUUAAUGGAAAAACAACUUGUCUAGUUAUUAUAUUGGAUUGCUGGUGGUGUUGUCGUAGCUAAAAAGGCAUUUUUGUAAAGUGUGAAUAAAUUAUGUAUCACAUUUCCUUUCUUUUGACAUGAAUUGUGUUGAUGUGUGUAUCAUGGUUGAUAUCUAAUAGUUUGUUUGUUUUUUUGUCAUGCUUUUCAUUUUGCUCAUUUUUGCUUUUUUUGUAAUACUCAAAACCAAAUUUUUUGUAAAGAUGUUGGCACACUGAAUUAUAGAUUUAUAUGGUUGCUAACUUUCACUUCAAGAUACUUUUAAGAAAAAAAACUUCAGUGAAAUCUAGAGAAAAGUCACAGAGAAAUAAAGAGCUGUCAUUUUGUCACGAAACAAGAUUCCUUCAACUUUGACCUCUAAGCUUUAUGUGCCGAGCGUGUGUUCAGCUGGCUAAGUGCGAGCGCAAAGGCCGUUUGGGUGGUAAGCAGGUCAGGCAGUGCAGCCAGGGUCCCUCCCUCCUGUCCACACCUUCUGUCCUGUUGUCGGAGAGCAUUUUCUCACUGGUCCCCUCCAAUUGGAAAGUGGCGUGUAGGGUGAAGAUGUCGGAGGCGGUGCUGGUGUACCUGACCUCCCGAAUCUUCCCGCUCGCGUCGUCUCCUCUGUGUUCCCCUGCUUCCCCUCAGCACUCAGAAAGCCAGUCACUUCUAAGAAAUUGUGCAUGUAUAGCCAUCAUUGCCACUGCCAUAGCAUGAUUUGGGUUGGUUUGUUUGUUUUUCCUCCAUUGAAAAGGAAGUUUGUUCGGGCAGUGUCUUGUGAACAGCAAGCCAUUGUAGCGUCACACUAUCAUUUUCAGCUUUCUCGAAACUUGGCAAUAAUGACUUUUCACAGCAGUUCCAGAGUUUUUCACCCUUUCAGACUGAUUAGGCAGAAAUGUCUGGCUUUGCCAUAGACAUGGUCCUUUCACUUUCCUUUCACUGUUUCAUGGUCUGUUUUUACCUUAUCGCUCUGUAGGGGUAGUUGUGAAAUGGUCAGGAUUGUGAUUGAUUCAGCUGGAAGCCAAUAGGUAUUUAGGUAAUGUCACUAUAUGAUGCACUGGACCAACUCUUGUUUACCAUUUAUGGAA